AGGAAACCAAAGAUUUCACAUUGCAGUUUUAAAGUGUUGUGCACUUUGACAACACCCCAAAACAAUUCUGAGUCCUUCACACAAUGAAGUUUCUGGGUCUGACUGAUCUUAGUUUCAUUUUGUUCCUCAUCUCCCAUUCAGAAGGUCAAACCUGGAACAUCACCGUCACCCCUCGCAUUAAUGCAAUACAGGGCUCAAAUGUGAUCAUACCGUGUACGUUUACAUAUCCUGCAAAAUACUACACCAAAGAUGUCCAGGUUUAUUGGAAAAAGCCUGGGAAAAGGGAGUCUAACAAUAAAGACAGGGACAUAAAUCCAUUUGUUUUUCACACAAAUGACACAUUUGUGCUCAGCAAGUACAGAGGAAAGACCAAACUCAUCGGAAACAAAAACAAUGGAGAUUGCUCCCUCAUGAUCAAAAACAUCGUAGAAAAUGAAAGAGGGCUCUAUAUGAGGGUCAUCCUAAAGGGUCAGACUUACAGUUUCUACAAGUACCCUGUUUCCAUUUAUGUGCAUGACAAUAUUAGCCAAGAAAUUACAAUUCCACCACUGUACACGCCCACAGCAAAAAAAGAGACGACGCUGGAGCCUUUGAAAUUAUAUGUGGCCAUAUUUGUACCACUUUCUGCACUUGUCAUCAUUAUUCUUGUCACCACAAUAUUCUGUUACAUGAAACAAAAAAGGACAAAGUCUUUCACAAGGGAGAGUUCUGGAUAUUAUGCUAAUUUUAGUAGAACAACGUCAAAUCAACCUCAAGGAGAGGCGUCGUGCACAACAAAUGAAAACAAAAACCCUGCUGAUCUGAAGGUCAUCGAUGAGCCCGUCUAUGCCAACACUCAGGACUUCAGAAUACACAUGGACCAAAGCAUGGAUCACUUAGACAAUAUUUAUGCAAAUUAUAGUGGUUAAUGCAAACCAGUGCAAAAGCUGUGUAGAAGAAUGGUUGAUGUACACUGAGGUAUUUACAUUUUUAGACAAAAACAUUACGUUCUGGAAAAACCAUAGCAAUUUCCCCUCGGUCUUUGUGUCUUUUACUUCUGUGUUCAGGAGGCUCCUUGUAUUUUAAUGUAUCAAUGGCCGUUGGCUACAUAAAUUACAAACACCAGCUCUUAACUUAUUUUAUAUAACAAUAUUUAUUUGGCUUUGUUUUAUUUUACUGUGUGAGCAAUGCAAAGUUUGAUCAUGUAUAACUGAUAACAAUAAUUCUAUUGAAUUAUUACAUCAUUUUGAAUUGCAGUGCAAAGAGUGACAGGAGACCUAAACUAUGUUCAGAUUACGGGCUACAUUGUUCAAAUCUGAUUACAAUCCCAUUAAUGACGGUUUGCAUUCUUACUAAUAUCUCGCAUCUGAACAAGACUGCCCUCCAAAUAUCUUGCAUGUGUCAUUAAUUACAGCAAGAAAACACCAUCAUUUUGAAACCACUUGGUUUUGAGGAGCAGGAGAUAUACAGUAUAAGAUCAUGUGUACCUUUAUUGCUACCCUUACAAGGAGUGAAAUUAGAGUGAAAUUAAUGAUUCUUAAACGACCAUGCUCGUUUAUGUCACACUGCCACAUGUUCUAUGAUGUAGAACCACAACAUUUGAUCUGGAAUUCAGAAAUGACGACGAGAUUCCUGGGUCCUCACAGUGCUUAAAACAUUAGAUCUAAGUCAACAAUAGAAUCAAUGGAUACAAUUGGAUAUGAGUCAUCUCAUCUUGGUAAUCUGAAUGUAGCCAUUGACUAAUCACAGGUCAGUUCAGAGGAAGAGUCUAUUUUAAUGAAAAUCAUCAACUGCUUUUUAGUGAUCCUACCUACUGCACCUUUAAAUAAUACAGUGUUAUUAUUACCUAUUAAACUGUUCAUUAAACCUAUUAAACUGCU